UCACAUCGGACCUAGUCGACAGUGAAUGAGUAUGGUGCUGCGAGGUAAACCCAGAGAAGAAGACUGCAAAAGAAGCAUUCCAUCGUACGCAGGUACAUGCCUGGACCUGUUACAUGUUUGCUUCAAGAUGAAGAACGAGAAGAAGGAAAGGGAAAGAAGGAGAGAAAGAGACACAGGCACUGUCUCUGCAAAGGAACCAUAGCCGUUGCGGCAGCACAUGCCCCCUCCUACGUGUCAGUAGCCAUAGUGUUCUGAUGCCGUACGAUGACAUGUCCGGGCGCACAAGAAAACGGCACGUACGUAUGUAAGCAGCGCAAACAGUCCCAUUCUCAGCGAGGGGUGAGCACCUCCGGGUCCCCGCGUCCAGAUGCGAACGCUUGUUUGCUUGGUGCUUGGUGCUUGGUGCUGCUGGUACUAUUGCUGCUAUUGCUGCAGUAAUUGUUAUUGCUAUUGUUAUUGUUAUUGUUAUUGUUAUUGUUAUUGUUAUUACCGCC